GUUGUUGGAGAAGCAGGACCACCAGGACCACCUGGACAGCCAGGUCGUGUCGUCCAAGUGAACGGACCCGCAGGACCUGCUGGCCCAGACGGACCAAAGGGACCGCCUGGAGAGAGAGGACCUGCAGGAGCUGACGGAACUAGCGAACAGGGUGAACCAGGACCUCCUGGUGACCAAGGAGCACCAGGAGCCACCGGAGGACCAGGAGAGCAGGGACCACCCGGACCUCCUGGACCACCUGGAGAGGAAGGCUCCUGCGAGCACUGCCCCGAGCCACGUACACCACCUGGUUAUUAA